AGCCUAUCAGGAUUGGUCAAUGUAUUAAAGAUGGCGGCGCCCUUGUGUUAGUUUAUUUUGCUGUGGCAUGGCGGCUCUUGAGAUUUUAAAAUGUAAUGAAUAUUGUGGCUUCUAUCGUUUUUAAAACUUGUAGAACAUCAAUAUAGUUAGCUGAAAUGGAUCCGGAUGACUAUGGAGAUUGGGACUACGAUCACCCGGAUGUUGAUCAAGACGAUGCAGAGGAGGAAGAACCUGAGGAGGUGCCGGAUCCUUACAAGGAAGACGAGACCAAAGACGAUGAAGUUAUUCAGCGAGAAUGCCUCAAAGCGUUUGCCAGCACAGAUUACAUCAUGGAGUCCGGCGUAUUCAAGGACUUGAAGAGGUAUUUCCAAUCAGGAGGGACACCUGAGCAGGUUGUACUGCUGCUUUCUGAAAAUUACACCGCUGUUGCACAGACUGUCAACCUUUUCGCUGAAUGGCUGAUAUUCACAGGAGUAAAUCCCACUGAGGUUCAGCAGAGGGUAGAGGACCAUCUUAAGGCCAUCCUCAUCAAGCAUUUUGAUCCCAAGAAAGCCGACUCUAUCUUCAGCGAGGAAGGAGGGACACCGGCUUGGUUAGAGAUAAUGAUUCAGCAUCGAACAUGGAGGUCUUUAUUCUACAAGCUUGCCGAGGCUCAUCCUGACUGUCUUAUGCUUAACUUUACCAUCAAGUUAAUCUCCGAUGCGGGGUACCAGGGAGAGAUUGGUAACGUGUCCACUGCUUGCCAUGAGAUUGAAGUCUUCACCAAGGUGCUGCAGACGACGAUCAACAAACUGCUGGAAGGGGGUGAAGACGCAGUCAUCAAACACCUUCCUGAGUUCAGUAAGAUGGUUUGUCACGGUGAGCACACCUACCUGUAUGCACAGAUGCUGAUGCAUCUCCUAGCCAAAGACAAAGAUGGUGGAUCUAUCAUCCGAAGAUUGUAUCAAGAAGUGCAGAACGCUGGCAAGAACAAGGGUGAAGGUGUAACACAGAUAAGUCUUGCAUUGAGUAGUGCUGCAGCAUACCCCAAAGCAUGUCAAGCAUUACUCUCAAUGAUCAGCAGAGAAGCUCUCAAUACAGCAGACAUUACUGUGCUGUAUAAGUUCUACAGUGCCCCGGACCCACCCCCGGUGGAGUUGAUUAGAAUCCCCCAGCUACUGGAUCUAUUCCUUCGGACAUUGUUCAAACCAGGAGCUGUGGUCAACUCAGAGCACAGACACAAAUACACAUACCUCUUGGCGUACUCCGCUAGUGUCCAUGAGAUAUACAAAAAGGAAAAGCGGAGUUCGUUGAAUAAGGACGAGUUAAAGUCGACUUCCCAAGCGAUUGAGAAGGCCCACAGUAUCUGCAGUAAUGACCAGAAGGUGGGAUCCGAACUGACUGCUGAACUUACUGCAUUCUACCAAUGUGUCAGGUAUCCAGUGGUUGCUCUUGGUGUUCUAUACUGGGUAGACAAGACGGUCACAGAUCCUGCGUAUUUCCAGCGCAUCACAGAUCACACACCCCUGCACCUCAUUGUGCUGGAUGAGGUAGUGAACUGCCACCCACUCAUCCAUGGUAAGGUCUUGGAUCUAUUGAAGCGAUUAUUUGAAGACCCCUACCCACAGCUUGAUGUACUCGUUCAGAUGGAGUUGAAAAAGACUAUUUUAGAUCGGAUGGUUCAUUUACUCAGUAAAGGCUUUGUGGUUCCUGUCGUCCAGUACAUUGCCAAAUGUGUCGACCAACUAGAUACAGAUAUGUCUCUCAUCCGCCAUUUUGUAACGGAGGUUUUGGACAUGAUUGCACCACCCUACACAUCAGAGUUUGUUCAUCUGUUUUCACCCAUCAUAGAGAACCAGGACAUCACAGGGACGUUGAGGAACGAAGAGGGCAAAGAUCCAGUCUCUAAUUUCAUUGUUCACUGCAAGACAAACUUCAUUACGAUGACUUGAUGUGGACACAAGAGGGCAGCAGACAGUCAGAGCGGUGGUUGAUUCUGAUUCAGUUGUUGAUGACAUCAGGAGCAGAAGAAAUGCUGGGAUUGAUCGCUGUCCUGUCUCUGCUGUACACGCCCUCUACGUCAACUUUGGACCAAGUGAACAACGCCCUCUAUGUGAACUUUAGACCAACUGAACUAGUUCCCAAUGGGUUAGACUGGGCCCCUGUCUGUAUCCGCAAGGUUAAAGACAGGUCCCUGCCGCUAGAUCCAUUGAUUCCAUUGGAUACAAUGAUAUGAUAAACGUGCAGUGACUUAGUGCCCAAAUAGUCACUGUUGUCAAGUUGGCAAUAAAUUUGACUGCGUAUCUCUAUGUGAAAUAAAUGAGGUCAAUGGUUAAACCACACACCAGUUUUUGAUGCUGGUAAUGAUAUACAGGACUGAGCAUACGGAAUGCUGAAUUUUAACAUGCGGCCGAAUCGGCUGCACACAUAAACCCUCCUACUGCCUGACCUUUUAAUAUCAUCCAUGUUGAUUUUGUGUGAUCGAUAAACUAUGUCAAUCUUUAAAAUAAGGUCUUGUCAGAAUGUUCUGUGUGUACCGUUGUGCCAUCACACACAACCCAUAAAGUUGAAUGGAUUCAAAAAGUUUGUCAACUUUCCUUUCCAAAGUUUCAAAAACAUGGUAUACGGAUUUGAAUAUAACAUGUCCUAUCUGAGCCUCUUUUUACACUUUCGUCCUAUGGGCAAAACAGCUUAUCUCUGUACUUACUUUUUGCAAAAUGUAUUUUUUUGAGUAAGUGGCGUGUCAUGGCCGAGCGGUUAAGAGCACCGGAUUCAAGCUCUGGUGUUUGAUCAGCAGAGUGUGGGCAGAGUGUGGGUUUGAAUCCCGGUCGUGACACUUGAUAGUUAAAGUGUGGGAGGUAGUGCUCUCUGCUCUAUCGGCCAGGCUUUGGACUGAUGAUACCCAAGCCUACAUUCAUAUGGACUGUAAAAGGGGUAACCUCGUUCAGCCCCAGGAGCAG